AUGAAGGAGAACAGGUCAUUGUGUCAGGUGGAGCAGCUGCCCUGUGCCUGUCUCCUGGACUCGGCCGCUGGCUGCCACUGGAAGACCCACGCACGUAACGGCACGGCUGCUCCGAUCAGACACAGAGCCAACGGUGCCGUGGGCGCAUUGUGCAACAGUCCCAGCUGCUUGGUUGCCGCCAGGCUGGAGGGUCCCGAGCAGGACUGCCGGGGGCCAAGAAGGGUGCUGGUCACCGGAGGGUCCGGAUACUUUGGAUUCAGGCUGGGUCAAGCUUUGGCCCGUCAGGGCGUCUCCGUCAUACUGUUGGAUCUCCACAAGCCACCUUGGGACAUCCCGGAUGGAGCUGCCUUCUAUCAGAAUGAUAUUCGGGAUUUCGAUGCCUUGUAUAAGAUCUCUGCAGAAGUGGAUGUUGUAUUUCACACAGCUUCCUAUGGAAUGACUGGACCUGAGCAGCUGAGAAAGAAGCAGGUUGAAUCAGUCAACGUUGGCGGCACAAACAACGUGAUAAAUGUGUGUACACAGAGGGGUAUCUCUAGACUGAUCUACACCAGCACAGUGAACGUGACGUUUGCAGGCCGGCCCAUUGAGGACGGAGAUGAAGAUUCAGUUCCCUGCGUGCCACUGGACAUGCACAUAGAUCAUUACUCAAGAACUAAAUCUAUCGCCGACCGGAUGGUGCUCGCUGCAGAUGGCAGAUCAAUAAAAGGCGGUGGUGUCCUUCACACGUGUGUUCUGCGUCCCUCUGGUAUCUACGGUCCUGAAGAGAGAAGACAUUUACACAGGGUGAUGGUGAACGUUGAGAGGAGGUUGUUCAGCUUUUGUUUUGGAAACCCUAAUGCCAAGAUGAACUGGGUGCAUGUGGAUAAUCUUGUGACAGCUCAUGUUUUAGCAGCAGAAGGGCUCACGACGGAGAAAUCCUUUGUCGCGAGCGGACAGGCCUACUUCAUCAAUGACGGAGAGGCUGUCAAUGUCUUUGAAUGGUUGACGCCUCUGUUUGAAAGGCUGGGCUAUGGGCGACCGCUGAUUCAUCUUCCUGUGUCUCUGGUUUAUUCAGCAGCGAUCCUUAUGGAGCGGCUGCAUGUGGCUCUGAGUCCCAUUGUGGAAAUCCCAUUGCUGUUGACAAGAAAUGAGGUGAGAAACAUUGCGGUCAGUCACACCUUUAAAAUCGAGAAGGCACGGCGAGACCUGGGCUUCUGUCCUAAGAAGUACAGCCUGACUGACUCGGUGGAUCAUUACUUGCGGACCCGGCCGCCCCGUCCCACCUCGUCUCUUAUUAACACACAAUGCCUCCUCCGUCUGCUCCUGCUGCUUGUGUUGGGAUUCAUCGUCCUGAUGCUCUGCUCUGCUGUGUGGUAGUGACCUCCACCACAAACCUCCAGACCGCAAACCUCAUCAUGACAGCCUUGUUUAGCAGCUGCUGUGAUCUUACAGUACACGUAAUGCAGUCUUAAUUCUUCUAGAGAUAUCUGGGAUCACAGUGGUGAUGGACGAUACGAUGAAUAUUCACAGGAUAUUUGUGUGAUAGUGAUAAUAUAAAUUAAGGAACAUUGUGAACCUAUCAACAAUUUUAGGACACUUUUAGGAUUUUUUUCUUAUUUCGUAUUUCUUUAACGUUGUGUCAUUACCAAACUCAAGAUCUUUUCUUGUUGAGCAACACAUAGGUCCGUGUUGAGUGAAUUAAGACAUGAGAGCUGUUUGAUUUAAACUUCAGUGUUAGAGUUUGUAAGUGCUGUUUAUUUCUGUGAUUAAGUUCAAAUAACACAUGCUGUUUCAAUGAAUUCAUUCAAAAUUCAAAACUAAAUAUGUGUGGCGUUUUUCAUACAUGAAAAUGUUAAAAAUAUA